GACCACAUGUUCCAGGAAGAGAAGGGGGUGUAAACAAAGUCAAUUGCAUUACUAGCGUGACAGACGCGCAGAAAGAAGCUUGUUGGAAAUGUAAUAAAAUAACGCGAAUCGACUGUCAAAUAUCAAGGACCAUGUCUGGCUUUAGCGCCGAGCUUAUCGACUAUCUGGAAGGGAGGAUAACUUUUGAGGAGUUUGACCGGAGGAGAGACGAUAGGAAAGCUAAGGAGGCUGGAGUUUCAGCUGAAGAUGGGGAAGCGGAACAGCCCUCCACCUCAAAACACAACCUGCCUCAAAUCGACGAAGGAGUCAGCCCAGGGGUCCAGCAAGCCUUCGCUUCCAUGCUGGGCGAAAGCACAGAGCCCAUGUAUUCAGAUGACGAAGAGGAGAACGACAGCUUGAGCUAUGUUGAUGACAAGAAUGAUGAGGAUUAUGCCUUGGAUGAGGAAGAGGAAAAUUCAGAGGUGACAGUGAAAGACAAGAAGCCGAGGAGAAGGAAGGGUGUGACAGAGAGCGAAGAAAAGGAAAGCGAUGACAUGACCGUGGGAGACGUGCUCGCGUUGGAGAUGGAGCUGAACCGCGAAAACAAGAAGAUGAUGAAGGAACGACGCAACCGCAGCAAGCUCCCCCGUGCACUCAGAGGCCUGAUGGGCGAGGCCAACAUUCGCUACGCCAGAGGAGAGAAAGACGACGCCAUCGCCAUGUGCAUGGAGAUCAUACGGCAAGCUCCUCUGGCCUACGACCCUUUCUCCACGCUGGCCAUGAUCUACGAGGACCAGGGCGACACGGAAAAAGCGCUGCAGUUCAGUCUGAUCACCGCCCACCUGAACCCCUCGGACUGUGAGGAGUGGAUCAGGUUGGCUGAGAUAUCGCUGGAGCAGGACAACGUCCAGCAAGCUCUUGUCUGCUACAACAAAGCCGUCAAGUAUGCUCCCACUAACGUGCGCUACCUGUGGGACCGCUGUAGUCUCCUCAUGCGUCUGGGCGAGCACAAGCAGUGUAUGGAUGGCUACCGUCGGAUAUUGUCCCUGCUGCCAAUGGAGGAGGGGGAGCAUUUCAUGCAACUCUCCAAGGAUAUGGCCAAGAGUUAUUAUGAAAGCGGCGACCUACCGUCAGCACUCGGCGUGAUAGAGGAGGCCCUGGCACGACACCCCAACUUGGUUAGCGAUGACAUCAUCAACAUGGCCGCUGAGCUCUACAUAACAAAACACCAAUAUGACAAGGCUUUGGAGGUUUUGGUCCAUUUUGUGGGUGUGGUUCUGGUCCACGAAGAAACUGGCUCUCACUCUCAUGUAGAAGAUGAGAAGGCCCCAGAGGAUAAGAAUAAUGAGGAGGAGACAAAUACUGCUGAGAAAGCAUCAGAGAGCAAGCCCCAAAUUAAGGAUGUCAACGUUCCCGACAGCAUCCCGGUGGACCUGAAAGCCAAGCUGAUCGUCUGCCUCAUUCACAUGCGCAUCCAUGGACCACUGGAGGCCAUGGUGUCCUCACUGAUGGAGCAGAGUGCAGAGGAGGUUGGCGACUUGUACCUGGAUGUGGGCGAGGCCUACCUGGAGAUGGGAGAAUACCUGUCUGCUCUACCUUUGCUGUCUGCGCUUGUCAUAUCUGAGAAGUACAAUCUGGCUGUGGUAUGGCUUCGUCACGCAGAGUGUCUAAAGGCAUUGUGUGAGAUGGAGGCAGCGGCCAAAAGCUUCACCAAGGUGGUGGAGUUGGCGCCGCAACACCUAGAAGCCCGGCUCUCUCUCGCCACCCUGCAACAGCAGCUGGGCCGUCCGGAGUGCGCCCUGAAAGCCCUGGAGUCCAUGUACGACAACGAGACACUCGCACAAGACUCAUCGGCGGCGCAAAAGGAACUAAAGCUGCUCCUGCAUCGGUCCACGCUGCUGAAAACACAGGGACACAUACAGCACUACCUGGAUGCCGUCAUCACCAUGAUGUCCAUGCUGCUCAAGGUGGCCAUGCAGCGCGCCAAGGUGUGCGUGCGCUCCGUCAUCGUGUCGGGUGAGAAUCACCUGCGCUUGGUGAAGGUGGAAGACAUGAUGUUGGACAUCGGUGACCCAGAAGCUGCGUAUUUGGACAUCACAUGUAAAACCAAUGUAUUGUCCAAAGAGGACUGGUGGCAGCUGCUGCUAAGCUGUGUGCUCACGCUGUGCGACGUGCAGCGUUACGGAGAGGCCGAGCUGAUGGUGGACUCUGCCAUGGAGUUCUACUCUUUCUACGACAUCAAACCCAGGAGGAAGGAGUUGGAGUUCCUCGGGCUCUCAGCCAGCAUCCUGGACCGCAACUACUACAAGGCCUACAACUACAUCAGACUGAUGCUGAUGGAAAAUGUGGAUCAGCCUCAGCUUUGGAAUAUAUUCAACCAACUGACAAUAUCCUCCCACCACCAACGUCAUCAUCGCUUUUGUCUGCGCCUCCUGUUGAAACAUCCCGACAACCGCGCCCUGUGCGUCCUCUGUGGACACAACGCCAUGGUGUCGGGCAGCUUCAAACACGCCCUGGGCCAAUACGUGCAGGCUUUCCAGUCUCAGCCUGAUAACCCACUUUUCACCCUGAUGGUCGGCCUCACCUUCUUCCACAUGGCAUCCCAGAAGUUUGUUGCAAAGAGGCACACGCUUAUGGUGCAGGGUUUUGCCUUCCUGUGGCGUUAUGUGGAGCUGCGUGGCGAGUGCCAGGAGAGCAUGUACAACUUGGGCAGGGCGUUGCACCAGCUCGGCCUCACGCAUUUAGCCAUCCAUUACUACCAAAAGGCCCUCGUAUUGCCUGCACAGAAACUAGAGGGAAUUGCUGAUGACCAAGUAGACCUGAGGAGGGAGGUUGCCUUCAACCUCUCCCUCAUCUACCAGGGCAGUGGGAAUGUUGAGAUGGCCCACCAGCUCAUCACCACACACUGCAUCAUUUGACACUACUAGUAUUUUGUAAAAUGUAGUAAAAAUCAGGGAAAAGCAUUUCAAUGACAUGUAUUUUUAAUAAAAUGUUUUUCCAAUGUUAUAUGCAACAUUCUUUUGUUUCUCCUGACAAAAUAAUGGAUUGAGAGACUGUUGUUGCACAGACUAAGGCAUUGGGGAUUAUUUGCCAAACGCCAUGAGACGAUGCACAAACAGUCAAGGACUGCAUGGAGACCUAAAACCAUGCAAAAUUUGGAGAGGAUUCAAUCAUGUGGAAAGUAGUGAGGGACACUAGUGUCAUGCACUGGCUUUAUGUGUAAGGCGUGACAUACGAAUCUAUUCAGGCUCCGUCUAUACCCUUUGGUGUAAGCUUGCUUGUAAGUUUGCUUUAUUGUCGCACAUCUGUGUAGUAUAGUAGUACCUCGCAUAACAUAAACCUCCUUUUACAUAAAUUCCACUGAACAUAAAGAAUUUAUGUAAAGUUUUUGCUUCGUAUUACAGAAGAAAUUCCAUAUAACAUAAAGCGUCAAGUCAGUGCUAGUGUUUGUUUUUUUUCAAUCAACUUUAUUAAUGCCUCAAGUCGGUGCAAGUUCAGACUAACACUUGGUGACGCCUUCUGACGCAUCACGCUCUCAUUGGCUGAUUUUCGGGGCACAGCCUCCGCUCUCAUCUCAUUGGCUGAGUUAUACAGCACGUACAUGAGUUUGUGUGUGAGACAGGCUUGUCCCUUCAACCUCCUUCCUCUUCGUAGUCGCUCUGAAACUAACUUAAACAAUUAAGUUAAGUUACAAAUUAAAAUUUUGCACACAGCAUUAUCGUGUAGUGCGUGUGCGUUUGUCUGUGAGACCAGCUGACUCUUAGACUCUUUGAGUCGUGUUUCGACUCAGGCUAGUCCUCCUCCUCCUUCCUGCCUCCACUUGGGCUCCUGAUCAAGACAUCUCGUGAACGGUAAGAUUGUUUUUGUUUUUCAGUUUUAUUCAUUUACAGUAAUCUUAUUACCUUAUUUUAUAUUGGAAUGUUACUCUACUAUGUUUAUGCUAAUGUUUUCUUAUAUUUUCCCACCAUAUUUGAUAGACUUUGAAUAUUUUGAAGUGCCAAAGGGGUGAGUUUGGGAAGAUCUUGGAACGGAUUACGCUAUUUACAUGUAUUUUACGCUUUGUAUAACAUAAAAACCCUAUAACAUAAAGGUUCUCGGAAUGGAUUAUUUAUGUUGUAGGGGCGUCUGCUGUAUUUGUGACUUUCAUUUGGGCUCAUUCGGUCAAGGUCACAAGGAAGAGUUCGUCAAAAUGCAAGCAUUGGUUUUCAAGCAUUUGACUUUUCUGCGUCCUUUUGUGAUAAAACGUCUAAUGGUGGCAGGGGCAAAUUUUUAACUUAGUGGAUGGACGCUAACCAGUUUGGGAUGGUGUCACUUGCAAGCUGCUUCAUAUGACCAGCUACAGUCAAAUUAUGACACAGAUAGUCUGGCGAAGGCAGAAGCUUGACCGCUGUGCCACCCGCCCACCCCUUCUUUACAAGCAUGUGCUUUGCAACCUAAGAUCCUCAGUCUUACAUACUUGCUCUGAAAUCCCCUAGGAGGCGCUUGUCACUGUCAACGUGUUCACUUACUGACCCCUUCUACCGCAAACUAAAUAAAAAAAUGAAACCAAGUGACAUGUCGACUGUUACUCCUAAACCUGGGGAAAAGCAGAUCUGGUCCUUGCCUCAAAUCGGCUCUUUCCCCUUUCCUGUCGAGCUGCAUCACAGGCUCGACAAAACGAUUCACUCGCUCAGUCCGCCACGAGUAAUCGACCAAGCCUCGCGCUUGGGUAGCUCGAGUAAACAGAGUACCUGGUUGACGGAUAGUCUGUACGAGUAAGUGGACUGGCUCAGUUGUAAGGAUAAAGAACAUAUACUUGUGAAAACUUGAAUGCACUCAGUCACCAUUAGGAGACACUAACAGAAAUGCAGAACAUGUGAACACAAAUGAUCAAUGAACGGAAGCCUACCCAAUAGUGAAUUGGUUCCAGACCUGGCCGGUAAGUGAAUUUACGUAGGAUUCAAUAUUAUGGAAUAUUUUCAUAGACCAAAGAAAACAUUUCAUAUGUUUACCAUUAUUAGAGCCAUGGUAAACAUGAAAUAACACCCCUAUAGUCACCUUUAUGAUUUGUUUACAUCACAAGGCUAAUGCGCAGGCUACAGGAUCACUGCAGGGAUGGCCAAGGAUGCAUAGCAUGCUAGCGAGCUAACUGUUCUUAUGCUAAACUUUAAAAAUGGUUUCAAGCGGGGGAAAGAAAGACAGCACACCUGGAGGUAACAACUGAAAAUUGACAAACUGUAUCCAAGGGCAUGUGUAGUCAUUUGGAUCAUCCACAUCCUUUUACUGCGCUGACAAGUUUUAUUGUAUUUAAAAAUUCUAAUGUUAAUCAUGUACUACCAAGUGUGAUUGAGAAAAUUCUCCUGGGGGGAUUAUUACUACCCAAUAAGUGAAUCAUCUUUAAUUGAUAAGAACAUUAAGCAACAUUUAAUAACAUUUUAGUUUCCCGCUUUAAUGCUCACAUCUUUGUGAUGAAAAGAGUCUCUGCUUCCUCUCUAGAAGUACUGCAUUCUCAGCUUGUGACACGGACAGCAGUGCAGUAAAUAUGAUAUUAACAAAACAUCUAUUCACAAAAAAAAGAGCGACUCAAAAGCACAUACCUGGCUCUAGGCCAGCUUCUUUGGCGGCGCGGGCGUGGCAAUGCUCGAGUUUUGGGUUGCUGGUGGGGUUUGGUUUUAUAUUAGUGUACCACUAAUAAAAUACAUCAUAUGGACAAAAGCAUUGGAACUGGAUGAAUACGGCUUCCGUUCUUCCAUCCGAUACUCAUCCAAGCAGGCCUUUUACGUAAUAUUGCAAAGACAACAGAAACCAAAGCGCUUUAACAAACGACGCAUCCGACUAGUGCAGGGGUGUCCAAAGUACGGCCCUUGGGCCAUUUGUGGUCCGCGGCACAUUCAAAAAAAAUUUUACAAUUUUUAAUUCAUUUUUACAAGAAUGAAGUAAAAAUACUAAGAAAAAAAAGGCAUAUUUUAAUGAGACCUUUUGUGACAAACUUGUAAUAUGAAGAAAAAAUAAAAUUUUCCGGGCAUAGACAUGAAUUAUUGAAAAUAAAAUUUAAGUUGUAAUAUGACAAUCUAAACAUCAACUUAAAAUUUUUGCUAAAUUAGGUUGGGCGAAAAUUUAUAUUAUGGAAAUACAUAAUUUAAAAAUGUACUAUCAUUUAACAAGAAAGUUUAAAUAUUAACAGUAAAUGCAGUUUGUUGAAAUACACUUCUGAUCCAAAUUUGAAAAAUUCCAAGAAUUUACAUUUUGCACAGUUGGAUCUUAAGGAGGUUCUAAGUGGUGCUACAAAAUUCUAAAAGAAAUGGGAGACAAAAUUUAUUAAUUUAUUGAAGCUAAUGAAAUAGGCUGUUCACCAGCUGAUCAAAAGUGCCAACCUUUUAAAAGAAAAACGAAAAUGGCGAAAAUAUCAGGUACUGUCAUGAUCUCUUGAUGGCAAAGGCAAAAAAGCUUUCUUUGAAAACGAUCGGAUCGUUGAGCUGCAUAAGCAUGGCCUCUCGCAGCGUGCCUUUGCUGCUGAGGUUGGACACAGCAAGACCGUCAUUUGAAACUUCUUCAGAGAUCCUGACGGUUACCAAACAAGGAUUCGUCAAGACACAGAACAAUCCUCAGCCCAAAUUAAGGUUACUGGUCUCGAGUCGAGUCCCAUAACCAUCAAACACCUGCGAGAGAAGGGUUUUAAGAACAAAAAAACGUCUCCAAGACCUCAUCUUCGCCACAAAAUUGCCUGUUUGGAAUUUGCGCGACAGCACCAACAUAAACAUGGGACACUGAAGUGGAAGACUGUUUUAUUCUCUGAUGAAAAAAUAUGUAACAUUGACAGUCCUGAUGGCGUUACUGGCUGCAGUUGUUUUGGACCAUCAUGCGUGUUUCGCUGAUCUAAAUCCAAUUGAGAACAUUUGGGGAUGGAUGGCAAGGGAGUUUACAAAAAUGGACAUCAGUUCCAGACAUUGGAUGCUGAUACUGAGACCUUUUUUGAACAUUUUGAGUGCAAAUGGUUAAUUCUUGCAACUUCUUAAAAUUUUGAUCAGGAGUGUUUAUAUACAUAAAAUAUAUAAGUUAGCCUAUCUACAUGUUUUGCUUUAGACACCCCUGUAAUAGUGGAUCAACGCACAUUUGCGAUUCAUCACAGCCCCCCCAAAUUCAGAUUUU